GCUCUCUAUACAAUUGUCCGCCAGUUCAUCAAUCUCCACAACAAACAUGAACACCGUGUCUAGGGCGCUACAACGCCCCAGUCGAUCACUGACAUCGCAACUCCGUCGAUCGAUCCGCCAAUAUCACCAGCGAGCUUUCCCGUCUUCCUCCGCCUCAAUCGCCACUUCUCAUCAUACUCUCCGCUCCGGAUCGCCAUCUCUUUCCCGCACAUCCAACUAUCCUUCACCUUCGCAAGCGCACCGAACUUUCUCGCACAGCUCGACAACAAUGGCCGCAGUACCCAAAUUUGCCCGAGGCAUAGACGGAAGCAAAUUGCAACCGGAGCUGGACUCAUUACUGGAACAAGGGUGGGCGUUGGAUCAGGAUGGAAUGGGCGUGAAGAAGACAUACUACUUCAAGACAUAUUUUAAAGCGGUGAGCUUCGUUAACGUCGUCGCAUCGCAAAGCGCAGCGAAGAAACACCACCCAACCAUCACAGUCAGAAUCGGCUCCGUCGACAUCCACUGGACCACGCACCAACCCCGCGGUCUAACCGAUAAGGAUCUGAUGAUGGCGCAACACUGCGACGAGGCGGCGGAAUUAAUGGGCGCUGUGCAAAAGGAAGAGGGCAAGAAAUGCGGACCUUCUUCUCCGACUCCCUCUCCCCCAGGAUUAUAGGCGCAAACGG